UAAAUAAAAAAAGUGUAUUAUAAUUUUGUGCAAAUAAAUGUUCAAUUUUAAAAUAUUUUUUUUUAUUAUUAUUUAAAUUAGAGUAAUAUUUUUAGAUUUUUAUUUAUUAAACAAUGGAUGAAGUAGAUAACAUAAUAAUUCAUUCCCUAAAACAAAUAGGAUGUAAUAUAGAUGAUGAUGUGAUAAGUUUAUCAAGUUUUUCGCCCGAACUUCUUGUAGAGACCGUAUCAAAAUGCUUACAAUUGAUAAAGCCUAGUUCCAAUUUGCCAAAAAAUUUACCAUCAAAUAUGGCACAGAGAUUUAGUGUGUCAUCAACACUUGCAGAAGCAGUUCAGAGUGUUGGUUUUCGUGGUGAUAUAGGCUACCAAACAUUUCUUUACUCAAAUGUUACAGAGGUUAGGCGAGUUUUUAUGUUCCUUAUUGAACGUUUGCCAAAAGAAACGGAAAAAAUGCCUAUAAGUACACAACCACUUGAUAAGCUAACCCAAAUAGAGCACGAAAUUUAUUAUAAUAUGCGUAUUCAACUGAACAGUCCAUGGGUACCUUCUUAUUGCAAUAAAUAUGGUAUUCGACAUUUUAAUACAAAAAUUUAUUCUCUCAACUCAAGUGGAGCAAAAUUUAAGCCUCAAUUAAAUAUAAAUAUUCCGAAUCAAUUAGAUAAAACUAAAGAAGUUAUUCCACCCGAACUAAGUAAUUAUUGGUUGAAACGUUCGCCUAAUAUAUUUCAACAAACAAAUAUUUUAAAUAUAUGUCCAACAGUCAUACACAAAAAUGAUCUCGAUUGUUAUUAUGAUAAAAAUGAAAAUAGUGUUAAUGUUUAUGAUCGUACUGAGGAAUUGUUGCAAAAAAUUAUUUCGAAACGUAAAAAUUACGUUAUACCACAAAAGAUUAAUACCACAUCCGAGAAUUUGAUUGAUAAUAAGUUAACAAUACAUAAAACUCAAAGUGAUAGUAAAUUACUAAAACAACAAGCAUCAACAUCUAAAAUGGUGCAAUCAUCAUCAUCAUCACCAUCAUCGACCCAUAAAGUAUUAAACAACAAUCAAAAAGAAAAUGUCAAUUUAAUUAAGCCAUAUAGUCCAUUAGAAAGUUUAAAUUUAGAUGUAGAAAAAUUAAAAAAAUCAAUUGACGAUUUGUUAGCGAAACGGAAGGAAAUUCAACAAGAAUUAACACAAAUGAAACAAGUUCGUGUUGAACAUGAGGCACAAUUAUCUGAAAUUCAAAGCGAAAGGAAGAUAAAAGAACGCUCCAACAUAUUAUUGGAAAAUCCCGAUGUUAAUAUUGCCAAAAUGGAAAGUAUUAUUGCUGCAACAAACGAAAGAUUGAAAAAAUUACAAUUGCAAUGGGAAGAACAUCGUAAACCGUUAGUAGCUGCAUUGGAAAAAUCUAGAGCAAAAAAUGCAAACGUGAAUUCGCAAGUAAUGGACCAAAUUAGAAAUAUUAGAGAUAAACAAUCAGAAUUAGCUGAAGACUUGAAACUGAAAUCAACACUUCAUUCGCAAUUAGUUGUCCAAUUAGCAAAUAUAGAUAAAACUGUUAGUCGAAACGCUUAUACAACUCGAAUAUUAGAAAUUGUUGGUAAUAUUAGGAAGCAAAAAAAUGACAUUGAUAAAGUUCUUCGUGAUACAAGAGAAUUACAAAAACAAAUAAAUAAUAUAAGUGGUCAAUUGGAUCGUCAAUUUACUGUUACUGAUGAUUUACUUUUUAAAACUGCCAAACGUGAUGAAUAUUCAAAAAAAGCGUAUAAACUAUUAGCAACAUUACAUUCGGAUUGUAGUGAAUUAGUUCGCUUAGUACAGGAAACUGGUUCUGUAAUGCGCGAAGUACGUGAUUUAGAAGACCAAAUUGAAAAUGAGAAAUCACGUAAUGUAUCAAACAAUUUAGAAAAAAUAACGUAUGAUAUUAAACAGAUGGAGAAGUAUAGUAAAGAUUUACAGGAACAAAUUCGUAAGGUUGAAAAUCAAAUAACACAGGGUUAGGAUUAUUAUGUACAUAUAUAUAUAAAUAAAAUGUAAUUAAAACAGAGAAAAAUAUAAACAUAUUUUAAAUUUUGUUUGGAGUUACAAAAGAAUUAAAAAAGAUAAGUUGAAAAACAAAAACGAGGGUAAUUACGAAAAUAUGUUAAUUAAAUUAUUACUAAAUAGAAAAAAAUUUGUUUAAAGGGCCUUGUUAAAACAAAAAUUGUAAAAUUUAACUUUUAUAUUAUAUGAUAAUUUUUUGAAUGAAAGAAGACAUUCCUUAAAAAAUUCAUGCUAUUCUAAUCAGUUUGGUAAACUAUUUAGUACGUCUUAAAAAUAUCUUUUUAUACAUAUAUUUACUUUUUUG